AUGUUCUCGCGACAGGUUCUCCGCGCCGCCCGAGUCGCCGCUCCUCAGCGAGCCCUCGCCCUCCGAGCCGCCCCCGUCCGAUCCUUCGCUGCCGCUGCCUCGACCGAAGUCAAGCCCCCGAUUUCCGUCUUCGGCGUUGAUGGCACAUAUGCUACUGCUCUGUACACUGCCGCCGUCAAGACCUCGAGCAUCGACGCCGCUGCCGAUGCCCUGAACAGACUCGGCGCUCUUAUCGAGAAGGACCCCAAGCUCGCCGCCGUCCUGUCCGCCCCUACCCUCACCGCGGCCGACAAGAAGGCCAUCGUCCAGGAGCUCGAGAAGCAGAUCAACACCAAGGACGAGACCGUCAAGAACUUCCUCGCCACCCUCGCCGAGAACAACCGACUUGGACUUAUCCCCGGUGUUGUUGAGAAGUUCUCCUCCAUCAUCUCUGCCGCCCGCGGUGAGGUUGAGCUCACUGUUACCAGCGCUCAGGCUCUCGACAAGCGAACCCUCAACCGAUUGGAGACUGCCGUCUCCAAGUCUGCCUACGUCAGCCAGGGCCAGAAGCUCAAGGUCACCAACGAGGUUAACCCCGAGAUUGUUGGUGGACUUGUCGUUGAGAUCGGUGACCGAACCAUCGACCUCAGCGUCUCUUCCCGCAUCGCCAAGAUGAACAAGCUCCUCACGGACUCUCUGUAA